AUGAAAAAAAUUUUAUAGGAAAAAAUAGAUAAACAUUUACAAAACGCUAAACAACUGGUCAAAACAGAUGUCCACGAGGCAAUCAAGGAGUACUAUAAAAUAUUAUUUCUGAACAAAAGUAUUUAUGAUUGGUAGUUAGAUCAUCUCUAAAGUUAUUAAGACCUGGCUCAAUUAUAUGUGAAAAUUGGUGAUUACAGUCCUGCCAUCGCUUGCUUGCAAUACUCCUACUCAGUCAAGCAAGAUAUUUUGGUGGAAGAUGAAUUGCAGUCCUUGAUUUUAUUAAAAGGAUAAUCCCUCUUGGAACAAGGAGAUGUAACUAAUUUCUUAGAAGGAACUGAAUUUGAACAAUUCGGAUACCUAAUUGAUUUCACUGUUCCUUCUCUUCAAAAAGCCUACAGUUAUCUCCUGACCAAUUACCUCAAUUAUACUCUCCAAGAAGUACAAAAGGUGAUUGCCAACGAUCCCCUCAACAUCAACGCCCUAUUGCUAAGAGGUAAACUGUAUUGGGCUCAAGCCAAAAUAGCACAAGGGAACUCUGAUUAUUGGAAAGUUUAUUCCAUGAAUCCAGAAUUGCAAGAGAUAAAGGAAUUCAUCCUCUAUAUAACACCCAAGAUCCAGAAGUUGACCAAUGACGCCAAGUUAUACUUAGUACAAAGAGACAAUGAGAGAUGCAAAUUAAAUGUGGACAAGGGACUUGAGUUGGAUCCAAAUAAUGUCGAUUUGCUGUUAUUGAAUGCAUACCUGUGUAGAAUUAACAUCAAAUAUGAUGUGUCCUUAAAUUUACUAAAGAAAGCAUUUGAUUAGCAGCCAACAAAUGAGGAUAUCAAAAAGUAAUUGGCUAUCACUUACAAUGAGAUGGCUUAGGUGAUGUUUGAGAAGGGCAAUUAUGAGGAUGCAUUGACAUUAUUGAAUGAAGCAUUAACAUUCAAACCACAGGAUUGGGGAAUAUUGGUUAACAGGGGUGAUGCAUUUAAGUACUUGGGAAGACUCAAGGAAAGCAUUUGCGAUUACAACAAGGCUUAUGAGAUUGAGAAGAAUGAGACUGUUGCACAAAGACUUGCAAUCAUUCAUCAUUCAUUUGGCGUUGAGUUCUUCAAUAAAAAACAAUAUUAAUUAGCGUUUGAAUCGUUUGACAAAGCCAUCAAAUUGGCGAAUUCAGUUGACAUUCUAUUCAAGAGGGGCAAGUGCCUAUUGUAUCUGUAAAAUCCUUAGAUGGCUUUGAAGGAUUUUGAAAAGGUGAUACAAAUGGAUCCCAAUCAUUAUGAGGCUUCCACAUUGGUGAGAUAAAUGACAAGUAGCACUAGAUGA